AUGGAUUCACUGCCAGAUCCACCAUACUUGUCUGUUCAGAAACUUCCCGAACUCUUUCGAAAAAAUGAACCUAUGUCAGCCAUGAAGUCAGGAAUGGGUGUGCCCACUGCACCUCCUCGAUUAACCUCAGACAGUUUGCCUUCACCAGAAUAUCUGAAUCUUCAGCCGAUUGCCCGAGCGAGAAGAUCUCAUCCACGGAUUGAGAAUUUAUUUGCUACAGAACUUCCACCCGCUUCUCCAACCGCUUCAAAUAUGGAAACAACUAGUUUUAUAGAAGAAGUGGAUGUG